ACCCUGAACGGCCCAAAGAAGAAGAAGUGGAUCAGUUGUCCGGGAAACCCGCCAUGUACGAGCACUUCGUUGGAAACACUUCUCUGUGGGGAGGCGCUUGUAUUUUUGGAUACAAAAAGAGACAGAUUACAAGUUAGCUGGCCGCAGGAAUUUAGAUAACAAGUAACUAGCUAUCUUAAGCGGUGCAUAGCCGCGGUUACAGGUUAUAACGUUUGCUAGUUAACUGAAGCGGACGUUAGCUAGAUAAAACCCAACAUGACCCAACAAGCUGCUGCUCUGCAGACUUACAACAAUGAACUUGUCAAAUGUAUUGAGGACCUGUGCUCCAAGCGAGAGGAGUUGAACAGUCAGAUCAAGCAGGAGGAAGAGGAGAAGGAGCGGCUGCAGCACGACAUCCGCAUCCUUUCGGAGAAGCUGAGCCGAGUCAACGAGAGCCUGGCGCAAAGACUCACCGCCCGCGCCACGUUCGACCGCACCAUCGCAGAGACCGAGGCUGCAUACACUAAGAUCUUGGAGAGUUCCCAGUCUCUUCUGAGCGUCCUGAAGCAGGAGGCAGGAAACCUGAGUAAAGCCACAGAGCCACGGAGAAAGGCUCAAUAACGCCAAUGAAAUGUCCCUGAACUCUCCUUUUGACCUCAACAGCAACCCUCGCCUCUGCACUUUUAACCGUUCGUACUCCACUCUGGACUCAAGUGUAAUAGAUUUGAUUGAUUUAUUGUAAGUUUCUUAUUCUAAUAAAUGUGUUUCUCAUCACUA